AUGUGCUCCUCUGACAUCUUCCUCGGCUUCCUCGCCAUCCUGUUCCCGCCUUUGCCUGUCUGGGUCAAGUGUGGAAUCUGCAGCGCCGACUCGGUCAUCAACAUCCUUCUGUGUGUCCUCGGCUUCCUCCCGGGCCUCCUCCACGCCUGGUACAUCAUCGCCAAGUUCCCCGAGCCCGACUACGGCGACUACGAGCGCGUCGGCGACUCCGAGCACGGCCGCGUCACCUACAUCGUCGUCUCGCAGGACGAUGACGCCCGCCGGUCCCAGCGGCCCCGCGCCCAGGGCCAGCAGCCCAAGCCCGCCCGCCAGGGAAACAUGAGCUACGGCACAUCCCAGGGCGGCGGCAACAGCCACGCCGGCUCGUCCUCCGCGCCGCCACCGCAGCAAGGCCAAGCCAACGGAGGCGAGGGCUCGAGCGACGACCAGCCUCCGCCAAGCUAUGCCCAGGUCGUCAUGGGCGACCACAAGAUCCAGGACCAGACUCGGUAA